AUGGAAGUCGCUUUUGUAGUGGCCGAACUUCCCGGCAGCGACACCACCGCGCUUUGCUCGGUAAGGGGUGUGUGUGUGUGUGUGUGUGUGCUUCUUCUUGGCUUUUUGAACUGCCUGUGCGACGGGAUCGCCCCUCCCCAAGGGUUCCCCAAACGCAUUCCGUUUAUCUUGCAGCCGCGCCCCUCGGCUUCUUCUGUUUGCCAGAAGGUGGCGCAAAUUAGAGCAAGGCCUGGGGCCCAACCGGGUCAUCUUGGCGGUGGUCCCCGCUUCGCUUAUGCCGUGCUUUUUGGGUUGAAAAUGGCCCCCCGCGUCCGUGUGCGAACGGGCCUUUGUGGCUGGCGGCGGGAAAAGCAACCCGAAAAGCGGCCGCAGGGCGGCCCAGCGGGGCUU